AUGGCGCCUCUCGAUCCCAGCAUCGAUCGCAUUCAGCAGUGUCUAGACGAGGUGGUGCAGUCUGUCGGCCAGUUCCGAUACCCUGCAAUUUCGCUUCGCCACCAGAAUGCACGGUACGAAUUGCUGGUCAAGGCGAUGCACCUAGUGCAGGCCAUUCGCGGGCCUGCCGAUCUGGUCUUCGCCAAUUUUGAGAAUGUAAGCUUGGGCGGACAGAUCAUCUAUCUUUUCUCCGGAGUAUUCGAUGUCAUCCCGGUCGGCGCCCAGAGCAUGUCAGCCACGGACAUAGCAGCCCGUACUGGGGUGAUGCGCAUGAUGCGGGCUGUCACGCUCUUCGGACCGUUUCGCGAGACCGGCGAGGAGGAGUAUGCCCACACCCCCAACUCGGAGAUCUAUCUCGCUCCUCAGAUGCGGGCCCAACUGUCCGCUCACCAUCCGAUGUCGGGAUAUAUCACGGUCGAUGAAUACUGCCCGGCGAUGCUGCGCACCCACGAAUUCCUCCGCCAACACCAGUGGCAGGACCGCAUGGGCCUGCGCAGCAACCCAUACACUCUCGUACAUCACUGCGAGGGCCAGACGAUGUUCGAGCACAUCUCCCAGAGUCCCGAGCGACUGACCCGACUCAACAACGCGAUGGUCGCCGAGGACUCCCUCCUGGCCGAGAUCGGGCUGUACCCGUUCGUGGAGCGACUGAGUCCGCUGGCGCAGGCGGAUCAGCCGACCAUCGUCGACGUCGGGGGUGGACGAGGCCACAUCGUGCGCCAGAUCAAGCAGAACACCCCCAGCCUAGCGGGACGGUUCAUCCUCCAAGACCGCGCCAGUGUCAUUAGCGACAAUGGGCCGGAGAUGACCCGCCAUGGCAUCGAGCCGAUGGCCCAUGACUUCUUCACCCCGCAGCCUGUAAAAGGCGCAUUGGUGUACUACAUCCGCCGCGUGUUGCACGACUGGCCCGACGCAGAGGUCCGGGAGAUCCUCACGCACCUGGCCGCCGCGAUGGUCCCGAAGAAAUCCCGCCUGCUCAUCACGGAGACGAUCCUGCCCGAGGUCGGCGCCACCAUGGCCCACGCCUACAUGGAUCACACGAUGAUGACGUUUGGCGGGACCGAGCGGACGGCCAAGGACUUCGCGCGCCUGUUCGACGCGGCGGGGCUGCGGUUGGUCCAGGUCUGGGAGAGCCCCGGGGUGCCGAUGAGGGUCGUGGAGGCCCGCUUGAAGUGAUUCCGAACAUCGGGGGUUGGCUUCUUGGUGAAUCAGUCACCGUUUUCCUGGCCAGUCCUUUGCCAAGCUCUGCCACAUGGCGCUAACUUCUAGACUCUGCCGUCUGCUGUAAAAGUCUUAACCGGAACUACGAGUAUGGUGAAUGUCGGAUGACGAUGUGUCAUCGGGAGGAGUGGUUGUGAGUCUGGAUGGAAAACGCUUGGAUUCAUGAUGGUCGUGGAGAUUUCCUGAUGGGACUACUUAUGGAUGCCGAUUCGGGCCAAGAGCUAGACCCGACCUGCCCU